AUGUCCUUGUCUAGCGAAUAUGAGGUCUCUCUUCUCGAAGCACACGAACUCUCCACCGGCCCCCUCUCGAUCCUGAUGACCGCCACCCGAACACAUACCCAAGUCUUGAUCUCAUGCCGGAAUAACAGAAAACUUCUUGCGCGAGUCAAGGCGUUCGACCGCCACUGCAACAUGGUGUUGGAGAAUGUGAAGGAGAUGUGGACGGAGAAGACCAAGGGCAAUUCCAAAGGCGUCAAUAAGGACAGAUUCAUCAGCAAAAUGUUCCUCAGGGGUGAUAGUGUCAUCUUGGUUCUUUUGAGUUAA